GUGGUGAACCCCAGGAAGAAGAUGAAGAAGAAGAAGAAACUGAACUCGGGGACGGUCCCUAAAGCCACUUUCACCCCUCCACCCCCUCCUUCCAGGACCCAAAUCAACUUCACGGUGGCCAUCGACUUCACUGCGUCCAACGGGAACCCCUCGCAGUCCACCUCGCUGCACUACCUGAGCCCCUACCAGCUCAACGCCUACGCCAUGGCCCUCAAGGCGGUGGGCGAGAUCAUCCAGGACUACGACAGCGACAAGAUGUUCCCCGCCCUCGGCUUCGGCGCCAAGAUCCCGCCCGAUGGCCGCGUCUCCCAUGAGUUCCCGCUGAACGGUGACGCGGCCAACCCGGCGUGCAGCGGCAUCGAGGGUGUCCUGGAGGCGUAUCACCGCAGCCUGCGCAGCGUCCAGCUCUACGGACCCACCAACUUCGCCCCCGUGGUCAACCACGUCGCCCGCUCGGCAGCGGCGGUGCUGGAUGGGUCCCAGUAUUUUGUGCUGCUCAUCAUCACCGAUGGCGUCAUCUCAGACAUGGCGCAGACCAAGGAGGCCAUCGUCAACGCUGCCAAGCUCCCCAUGUCCAUCAUCAUCGUGGGGGUCGGCCAGGCUGAGUUCGAUGGUAAGGCCGGGGGUGUCCUCGUUCCCCCACCCCCCGGCACUGCAGCCCCCAUGUCCCUUUGGGGGGGGCCGCAGCUGCCUUUGGCCACCGGGGAAAUAUGA